UCAGAAGACGGGAAAACUGUGACUGCCUUUCCAUCACCAGACAGGAAUCUUCCAGAAACACCAAAGAGGUGUAAGUUUUCUCAGGCAAUCGGAUUACCCAGAAGAUGUCAAAUUCCACCAGCCUCCACCCUGAUUAUUUCCUCCUGAUCGGAAUUCCUGGCCUGGAGGACUCACAUCUCCUGAUCUCCAUCCCGUUCUCCAUCAUGUACGUUCUGUCAUUUCUGGGAAACUCUACGUUAAUAUUGGUCAUCUCAACCAAUGAGAUUCUCCACCAGCCAAUGUAUAUCUUCUUGAUGAUGUUGGCAUUCAGUGAUGUCCUCUUGAGCUCUUCUACCGUCCCGAAGACCCUCAGCAUCUUCUGGUUUAAUUCUCAUGAGAUCUCCUUCAAUGGAUGCCUCACUGAGGUGUUCUUCAUCCAUUUCACUUUUGUCAUAGAGUCGGCCAUUUUGCUCUUCAUGGCCUAUGACCGUUACUGCGCCAUUUGUCGCCCUUUAACAUACGCUACCACCCUCACCAACUCCUUUAUAACCAAGGCAGCCAUGAUGACCAUUUUCAGAAGUUUCUGCAUGGUCCUACCAUUCGUCUUUCUACUCAAGAGAUUACCUUUCCAGCAAAGCAACAUGAUAGAGCACACCUACUGUGAGCACAUGUCAGUGGCCAAGCUGGCUACCGCCGACAUACAGGUCAAUGUGGUGUACGGACUGGUCAUAGCCGCUUCUUCAUCAGGUGUAGACAUGAUCCUUAUUAUAGUUUCGUAUGGUGUAAUAAUCUCAGCAGUUCUGAGGCUCCCAUCCUCCAAGGCUCGGUUCAAGGCCUUCAAUACAUGCGUGUCUCACAUCUGUGUGAUAGUUCUCUUCUACAUCCCGGCCUUCUUUUCUUUUAUAGCUCAUAGAGUCGGUCACAAGUACAUUUCUCUGCAGUUCCACAUUAUUUUUGCUAACCUCUAUGUCCUAAUCCCACCAAUGUUGAACCCGAUCAUCUACGGAGUAAGAACGAAAGAAAUACGGGAGAAGACAUUAGUCAUAUUUACCAAAAUGACCAGUAAUAGACCAGGAAGAGGGGUGACCUUCUUCUAAGAUUGUUGGUGACAAAGAGAUGGUUCUGAUUUUAUGGCUGCGGUAUACAUUUUAGAAAAUAACUUUUUGUAGUUCCUCAAUCUGACAUCGACUUGUAGAUGGGUCUCUUUACCAGGAAGAGUGGUGACCUUUCUCUAAGAAUAUCAGAAAACAACUUUUUGGUGUUCCUCAAUAUGACAUCUACUGGUAGAUAAAUCUCCUCACCAGGAAGAGGGGGGACAUUCCUCUAAAGCCCCAUACACAUGGUCGGAAUUCCCAACAGAAAAAGUCCGAUGGGAGCUUUUGGUCGG